AUGCCUUCCAACAUCGAGAUUGCGUCGUCUUUUGUUCAAGGCGCCCCGCCUGGAGAGCUCAACGAUGUCGUUGCAGGUACUACAUCCCUCUACACCCGCCUGUUUGCGUCCUAUGCUCAUAUCAAGGCCCUGACUUCGCACUCGCCCAACCUGGUUUCUUCGCUCGAGCCCGCCUUCCAGGCCUACAACGAGACGCAAUUGGCGACUACGAAGCUGCCAGGUGGAAGCCAGGAGGUGAUCGUGAGCGAGUAUAACAAGCUGGACAACGGCCGAUAUUUCGACCCCGGGAGUGAAUCGUCUUUUGAGUUUGACCAUGUCACCCAGGCAAGUGUUCUCGCGGCCCCCCCACGGACCGCUUCUGCCCCCCAAUCCCACCCUCUCGAGUCCCAGAACUCGGAGCUCAUGUACGUUGAACCCAGGCAUCCCGGUCGGAUAGGCGGCCUGUCACCUUUACACGUUGCUAACGUGAGUUCGCGAGCUAGCAAAUCCAUCCUUCGCGCGCUCUCCCCGCAUGUACGUGAGCACUUCUCCUUUAGUUCAUACGGGGUUUACCCCAGCGCCGACGACUUCGCCAUCACAAUCUUGCUCGUCGCCAACAAAUACUCGCCCAAUAACUUCUGGAAUGGCCGGUACCGUGCCAUCUACCACGUACCUGUGUCCUCACCAGCCACGAUGACGGGAAAGCUGCAUGUGGAUGUGCAUUACUACGAAGACGGAAACGUGUCGCUGAGCAAUACAAAGCCUGUAUCUGUGCCCAUCCAGCCGAGUCUCUCGGCGGAUACCAUUGUCCGACGCAUCGCCGCUGUCGAGCGGGAGCACCAAGAAGAGCUGAACGGGGCGUUUGGCAGGCUGGCUGAGGGCGCGUUCAAGGGUCUCCGGCGCCAGCUGCCCAUAACCCGGCAAAAGGUCGAAUGGGACAAGGUCGGCGGGUAUAGAUUAGGCCAAGAUAUUGCCGGCGGGAGAGCAUGA